CAUCAUUCCAUACAUAGCCCAUUGAAGCCUUUCCUCAUUCCUCUCAAGAUCAAGAAAUAUGGCAAACCGCGCGCACGUUCCAAAGUUUGGGGACUGGAACAACCAAUCUCAACCAUUCACAGCCGUCUUCGACAACGCUAGGACGAACAAACGAGCUGACUUGUACGAGUCUCUAGAGAACUCUGACAUCAAAACUCAAGCAAAACCUCCUCCACAACAACCUGCUCCUAUAAUUCCAAAACCGGUUAGAGCGCCACCACCAACCGAGACAAACAAAGUCAGAGCUCCUCCUGCCGAUCAGCUCUACGGAGCUAGAGGCGGACUAUACGGAGGUUAUGGAGGUGGAGGCGGAUCUGGAAACCAGCGGCAGCCUCAAGCUCCUCCUCGGCCACCACAGACACAGCCUAAACCAAAUGUUAGAGGCGGCAACAACGGAAGGGGAGGGACGACGAUUCCACCAUUUCCAGGAUCAGUGGGCUCAGGGGAUCAGAACAUGAGUUACACACACAUUUUCGACCAAGUCAAGGAAGAGAGGCGAGAUGCCAGAUCCAACGGUGGAUCAGUAGGUAAUACUCCAUCUCGCCCCAUCAACGAUCAAUGGUCACAUGAAUCUACUGCUCCAGGCUCCUUCAAGUUUUGUUGCUUCUCAUGGGGACGAAAGGGAAGCAGCUAUUGAAGACAGUGAACGUACAUAUUGUAUCAACUCACGACAUUUUCCCUCUUUUUCAUUUUCUUGUGUGUUCUUUUUGGUUUCUUUCUAUUUGUAACAAGGAGAGUGAUUUAUGUUGUUAACAACGUUGGAGCCAAUCACUAUUAAAACAUAACUUAUUUAAAUUCAUUUCUCAAAUUAAUAUAGUAG